AUGCUUUUGCUGGGACCCAUGGGUCAACAAGGAGAGACAGAAAACCUAGGCCUCCCAGAGUUGUCCACGCGUCUGCCGGUUCUCUCUGCAGAAGGAGAGGAGGAAUCGGCAGCCAUUGUAGUGGCGAUAGUGAGGGUGAUGGCAACCUUGUUUUGCUACCAUGCCAACAGUGUGCCGAAUCGGAGUCCAGAAGAACACUUACACGCGGCAGCCCUCAAGCAGUCAUUCUGUCAGCCCUGA